GGUGUGGGGUAUUUGUGUCCCUCUUUAAUGUCCUUUUCCACUUAUAUUUAUGCAGUAGUUAUAUUUUUGGGUGCUAAAUAAGUAGAUAAAUAUAAAUAACGAACUAACUAGCUUUAGUAACCUAUUGUAUCUCCAUGCUAAGUCACUGCUUAUAUGAUUCUAUAAUGAACAAUUCUUUGCUAUAUUGCCUUUUUAUAUAUAAAUUAAGUCAAAUAUUGUAAGAAAAUGCAUAUUAGGCUAUAAAGGACAUAUUGUAAGAAAAUAGGCUAUAGGAAAAAGAGAGAAGCAGUUCUAGUGUGCUCAAUUAAAACUGUGCUGGUUUAGUCUUUUGUUUUGAAGGAGCCAACCGGAACAGGUGUUUGGUUGAAUUGCUUCCUCUUUGUCGCUGGUUGGGUAUAGAUAGUCAGUGCACCUCCUCGCGCCCCACCGGCCCCGUCGGUCGUCUCGAGCGCUGCUGAAGAAGACGCUGAAGCACCGGAGGAGCGCGAGAGGAGGACCACGAGCCGGACCCGGUCUUCUUCUUCUUCUGCCACUUCUUCUCCAUCUCUAGUUUCUGGAGUAGUAGAGACAGCAGCACCACAGUCCAGCAGCUUCUCUUUCCAUCAGCAAGGUGAGGAAGAGGAAGAGGAGGAGGAGGAGGAGAGGAGGAGAGGAAGAGGAGACAGACAGACAGACAGCAGUAUCUUGGCGCAUUGGAUGGAGCUUAUGGAUUAUUGAGAAGUGGAGGCCGAAACGCGGAUGAAAUAUUCAUAAGGACUUUUUUUUAAAGAGGAAAAAACACAGAGUGGGAGCGUGCAGAGAUUCACCUGCAGUGAUUCACCUGCAGUGAUUCACCUGCACACUGACCAGAGACCAGAGGACCAGCUGCUGCUGCUGCUGCUGCUGCUGGAGAGUCUGCAUCUGUGUGUGCAGUGUGUCUGAGUGUGUGUGUGUGUGUGUGUGUUUGGAAAGGAGCCCCCCUGCUGCAGUACUUGUCUGCUGGUACAGGGAUGCCACCGAGUUGCUGACGGACCCCCGGUAUCCGCACCCCCUCCUCCUCUCCUCCUCCUCCUCCUCCUCCUCCUCCCGGACGGACGCAUCGACCCCCUGCGAUUCCCCACUAAUAUGCAAUGGUUUUUUGUGCAGAAGCCUUCAGCUGCCGCGUACCGCCGACUCCACGCUAGCGCCGCCGCAGCCGCAUGCCUGUCCGCCGCUGCCGCUCCUCCUCUCCCCGACGCGCCGCGCGGCAGACGACGCCAUUUGAAGAGGAGCGCUUUUCGGGGGCUUUUGACGCCGGCGCGGCGGCCGGGCGGCGGCAGCAGCAGCAGCAGCAGCGACCUCCUCUCCUCCUCCUCCUCCUCCUCCUCCUCCUCCGCCGCUGAGGACCGCUGGCCGCUGGGGCAGCCAGAGGCGGAGAAAAGCGCCGCAGCAGCGGUUGCUCUUUUCCUGUGCGACGUCGACGCGGAAUACGUGCGGCUGCUGGUCUCCGCGCUUGUGGAGGAACCUGGCGACGAGUUCCUGCUCUUCUUCUUGUCUAUGGUGCAGAUCGGUUGGCCGAAGCACCGCCGAACUGAGCCCAACAGCUGGCCGGCUCUGCUGGCAUGCAAACAGGGGGGCGGAUCAGCCCCCAUGCGGUGGGUGAAUUUUAGGCUGCCGCAUCCGGAGCGCCUCUCGUCCCCCACCUCCUCCUCCUCCUCUUCCUCCACCUCCUCGGCCAAAUCCAUGCGGUUUAUUUGGAACAACAUUUUCAGCAAAGGAUCGCAUAUGCUGCAGUGUCUUUGUGGCAAGAGCCUCAAGAAAAACAAGAACCCAACUGAACCACAGCUGAAGGGUAUAGUGACCAGGUUGUUCUGCAGGCAGGGCUUCUAUCUCCAGAUGGGCCAGGAUGGAAGUAUGGACGGGACCAAAGACGACAGCACCAACUCCUCUCUGUUUAACUUAAUUCCUGUGGGUCUGAGAGUCGUGGCCAUCCAAUCAGUCAAGACUGGCCUCUACAUCGCCAUGAACGGAGAGGGUCACCUCUACUCAUCGGUGAGCAACCACCCACACACACACACAGACACAUACAGUAUACAAGCACGGACACACAAGGAUGAGAAACUCCUGAUGCACAGCGUCCACCAGACAUGUUUUGUUUCAGUAUUUUAA